AUGAAGAGUGCCACAGAGACAGUGGAGGCAGGUGAUUUGGGCGGUGGAAUAUUGUUUUAUGGUGUAGUGGAGGAAGGUGAUUUGGGCAGUAGAAUAUUGUUUUAUGGUGUAGAAGAGGAAGGUGAUUUGGGCGGUGGAAUAUUGUUUUAUGGUGUAGUGGAGGCAAGUGAUUUGGGCGGUGGAAUAUUGUUUUAUGGUGUAGUGGAGGCAGGUGAUUUGGGCGGUGGAAUAUUGUUUUAUGGUGUAGUGGAGGCAGGAGAUUUGGGCAGUGGAAUAUUGUUUGAUGGUGUAGUGGAGGCAGGUGAUUUGGGCGGUGGAAUAUUGUUUUAUGGUGUAGUGGAGGCAGGUGAUUUGGGCAGUGGAAUAUUGUUUUAUGGUGUAGUGGAGGCAGGUGAUUUGGGCAGUGGAAUAUUGUUUGAUGGUGUAGUGGAGGCAGGUGAUUUGGGCAGUGGAAUAUUGUUUUAUGGUGUAGAAGAGGAAGGUGAUUUGGGCGGUGGAAUAUUGUUUUAUGGUGUAGUGGAGGCAAGUGAUUUGGGCGGUGGAAUAUUGUUUUAUGGUGUAGUGGAGGCAGGUGAUUUGGGCGGUGGAAUAUUGUUUUAUGGUGUAGUGGAGGCAGGAGAUUUGGGCAGUGGAAUAUUGUUUGAUGGUGUAGUGGAGGCAGGUGAUUUGGGCGGUGGAAUAUUGUUUUAUGGUGUAGUGGAGGCAGGUGAUUUGGGCAGUGGAAUAUUGUUUUAUGGUGUAGUGGAGGCAGGUGAUUUGGGCAGUGGAAUAUUGUUUGAUGGUGUAGUGGAGGCAGGUGAUUUGGGCAGUGGAAUAUUGUUUUAUGGUGUAGAAGAGGAAGGUGAUUUGGGCGGUGGAAUAUUGUUUUAUGGUGUAGAAGAGGAAGGUGAUUUGGGCGGUGGAAUAUUGUUUUAUGGUGUAGUGGAGGCAGGUGAUUUGGGCGGUGGAAUAUUGUUUUAUGGUGUAGUGGAGGCAGGUGAUUUGGGCAGUGGAAUAUUGUUUUAUGGUGUAGAAGAGGAAGGUGAUUUGGGCAGUGGAAUAUUGUUUUAUGGUGUAGUGGAGGCAGGUGAUUUGGGCAGUGGAAUAUUGUUUGAUGGUGUAGUGGAGGCAGGAGAUUUGGGCAGUGGAAUAUUGUUUGAUGGUGUAGUGGAGGCAGGAGAUUUGGGCAGUGGAAUAUUGUUUGAUGGUGUAGUGGAGGCAGGAGAUUUGGGCAGUGGAAUAUUGUUUGAUGGUGUAGUGGAGGCAGGUGAUAUCUGCGGUGGAAUAUUGUUUUAUGGUGUAGUGGAGGCAGGCACGCGAUACGCUGCCUAUUGGUUGCGCUGCCUUACGGUGCGCAAGUUUAUAGUGCGCAACCUCUCGGAUCAGCACAAGGAACUCAUUAGCCCGGAUGUAGGAAUGCCGGCCACCACUUUGUCCCCAUGGAUCCCCCUGAAUGGCACAACGUAA